AUGCAGCCACCCGGCUUCUCCGGCUGGACGCCCGGACAGCCUACUGCGGUGAUCGACCUCGGCGAAGAGUUUGCCCCUGAUCCGCAAAAUGCUUCCACGGCCGCCUUGCAGUUCUCGGCGGCCUACUAUGCCAUCGACGCCUCUGCGGACGGAAAUGGCUCCAAGAAGCGAAAAGUAGAACGUGCUUGUGACUUUUGUCGGAAGAGAAAGGCCAGAUGCGACGGCCCUAAGAUGCCGGACAACGUCUGCAGCAACUGCAUCGCUAACUCCAGGACAUGUACCUACCUCGAAGGAUCCAAGCCUCGCGGUCCACCCAAGGCUUACAUCGUAGGCCUCGAGGAUCGCGUGGAGAAGAUGGAGGCUCUCCUCAAGCGUCUCCGUCCCGAGCUUGACUUCUCAACAGAGCUCGGCCCUCCUGUCGUACGAGACUCGUGGAAGAACAGCCCGCCCGCGCCGUCCUCAGAUAAUGCGCGUUCAGCCUCGCCCAAGGCCAUGGACCGCUCGCCGUCGGUCAGCAGGAAACAGUCUUUUGCGUCGCUCGCGGCGCCUCCGCCCAACCGCCCGUGUCCCGUCCCAUCUGGAGCAAAGGACGGUGGUCAGACAAAGUCGCGCACCGCGUCCGGCAAGCAAGCCUCUAGAGGCGGCCAGCGUCGCCAGCCAAGUGGACACGAGUCCCGUUCGGAUUCAGAUGCGGACGCAUCGGGCUCCUCCUUGUCGGACUCGUCCGAGACCGACGACCUUGGGGAGCUGAGCGUCGCGCGGGGCAUGAAGCGGCUGACGCUGCGCGGGCUGGAGCCGGCCGAGGGCUCGCCCGAGCGGUAUCUGCACGACAACCAGCUGCGCUUCCACGGGAAGAGCAGCUCCUUCAAGCUCAUCUCGGCCACGAGGGAGUUCAAGCAGCGCCACAUGGUCGAGACCUCGAGCGACGACCGUCAGUCCAAUUCGCCCGCCGACGUGCAGAUGGCGGCCGAAGCGGGCUGCAAACGCCCCACGUUCUGGACGCUACCGCCGUGGGAGAAGACGUUCGAACACGCGGACGACCCGAAGCGGCUGCCUGAUUGGCUCCUGCCCGCCUUCCCUGCCCCAGACCUCGCGGAGCAGCUCAUCAGCGAUUAUUUCAACUACAACAACAACACGUUCCCCCUUCUGCAUCGGCCCACGUUUGAGCGGCAGUGGCGGGAGAAGCUAUACACAGAAAAUGCGUGGUUUGCGUGCGUCUGCCUGGCGAUAUUUGGUGUCGCAAGCCGGUGGAGCUCGGAUCCACGUGUGCUCCCCGACGAGAUCGCAGACAAAGCUUCUGAGGGCGGUGACGAAGACAUUUGGGUCCUCGCCGGGUGGAGGUAUAUCGCGACCGGCAUGAAAAUACACGAAACACGGCGGAGCAUACUGCUCCCCCCCGAGCUGUUCGAGGUCCAGAGUUUCUCUCUCAUAGGCCUGUAUUGGCGCGGCACGGUCGCCCAGCACGGCUCGUGGUUCUACCUUAGCGUGGGCGUCCUCAAGGCGCAGGACGUCGGCGCGCACCGGCGCAAGAUCUACGGCAGGCGGCCGACCGUCGAGGAGGAGCUCUGGAAGCGAGCGUACUGGCACCUCGUCGCGUUCGACCGCAUCGGCAGCAUGUUGAUCGGCAGACCGUGCUGUUCGCGCGAGGAAGACCUCGACCUCGACCUGCCCUUGGAGGUCGACGACGAGUACUGGGAGAACGAAGAUCCGGAGCUCGCGUUUCGGCAGCCCGAGGGAAAGCCUUCGCUCGUGUCCGGGUUUGUCCAGUGGAUCAAGCUCAGUCAUGUCGUUGCAUACGCGCUCAAGACACUGUACACCCCAGGCAAGGCUAAAGCGGCAUUAGGUUUGACCGGAACAGACUGGAAAGAACAAAGUGUCCAGAAGCUCAACGACGCCUUAUUGAAAUGGCUGGAAGAGCUCCCACCGCACCUGAAAUGGAGACCUGACAUGGAAGACCGCGCUUUUGCGAGCCAGGCUGCGACGCUAUACACGACCUAUCAUCUCGUCCAGAUUCUCAUCUACCGGCCCUUCAUCCGCAUUCCGCGUGGACGCUCCUUGAGUCGUCUGUACUCGGCCGAGCGUUCGACGUUCUCUCACAAGGCACUGUCAAUUUGUUUGAAUGCUGCAAGAGCGGGCGCAUAUAUAUUGGACGUGCAGACUCGUCGAGGCAUGCUGAACAUCACGAAUGUGAUCCAUGUCUCAUUCGUCUGUGCGGGCGUCCUACUCGUCCAUCUCUGGGACCUUAUCAGGCAGUACGGCAUGUCGCGGGGAGCCGUAUCGCCCGAGGGACGCGCCCAGAUGUCGCAGGGCAUUUCAUCUGUCAUGGGCGAGAUUGGGGACUUGAUGGCAAAAUUGGAGGAGGUCAGUGCCAAGUGGGAGCUUGCGCGCGAGAUGCUGUGA